AUGCCGGAGGCAGCGAUCGAGGAGCGGGCGCGCAUGCGCAUGAUGAACCUCUCGAUCGAGCUCGCGGAGAUGCACGCGGGCGUUUUGGAAUUAGAAGCGGACGAGCUCGACGGAUGCUCGAGCGAGCGAGAGGUGAGAGCGUACUAUGAGAGCGACGGUGCCGACGUCCCGCGCGGCGUGAUCGAACGAAGGUGUAAGCAAGCGGGCGGCGGACGCGUGGAGAUGUCCGAGGCGAGCGAGCGCAGAGUGGGGAUGGAGGACAUGACGAAGCGUUCGAUGCUGAAUUCACACGAAGACGCGGCGAGAGACUAUCGACGACACGUCUUCACGACCGGGAUUCCGUUUCGUCGACACGGUUUGUUCCCUUGCGAUGACCCUGUGUUGACGAUGAUGAGCUUGGACGCCUCGCUGAAGCCGUUUCAGAAGGCCAUUCCAGGUCCAAAGCGAGGAACGUUCGUUACGUGCGAGUCCUGGGCCGUCGGCGACGAAGCCGCGAGGAGAGGUCUAGACCUUCGAUACUUCUAUCGAGAGGCGUCGCGCGGGUCGAACGAGCACCCUGAGCUCGUCGGUGUCGCUCGCGUGGGUGAUUCUGGCGCGAUCGGCACGAACACGUGGACGCUCGCUCAUGGCGGUUGCAUCGAGACGAUUCUCGAUGAGACCACAGCGGAGCUCGUAAAGUGCGCUAGAGCACCGUGUUGCGUCACGAUCGAGCUCAACGCGAAAAUCAAGAAGCCCCUUCCUUUGCACUCCACGGUGAAGAUUCACUGUUCGAUCAAAUCCGUGGAGGCGUCGGGACUUCGCAUAUGGACGACGGCGACGCUCACAGAUCCCAACCACGAUGACGAAAUCCUCGCGACGUGCGAGGCGCAACUCUGCGAUGCUGGCAUGCUCAAUCGCAUUCGAACGACGUAA